AGUCCUGCAGCAAGAAGAACGCAACACCCACAAACUUUUUCAAGCUGGAAGCUGCCGGCCGCUGUUGUCUUUCUUUUUGCUGCGCCGUUGUUGCUUUCACCCUGGAGGGAGGGAGAGAGGGAUGGGAGGGAAGAGGGAAGAGGGAAGAGACAGGCAGAUCUGUUUAGGUGCCUCUUGUUAAGAAGGAUCAGUAAUCCAGCGUCUGAAUUGCACCUCUGGGUGGUGAAGAAACCUUAAGAGCCUUUGCUUAGGGAGCAGAGAGGCUGCGUGCGUGUUAUGGGAGCAGCUGAACACUUGUCCUGUAAUCGAUUGCCGAGUCUGCUGAGCAGCUCCGCCAAGCGCAGACAACACGCUUCCCAGAUCUCUCUCCCUCUCCCUCUCCCUGGCUCAGGGUGUCUGGCACUGCACUUUGACUAUGGAAGCAGAGGCUACUGAUGGAUACAUGCCAUGUGAUAAUGAACUUUCGCCCGAAAGGGAGCACUCCAAUAUGGCAAUUGACCUCACCUCAAGCACACCCAAUGGGCAGCAUACCUCACCAAGUCACAUGACAAGCACAAAUUCCAUAAAGCUAGAAAUGCAAAGUGAUGAUGAGGAUUCUGACAGGAAGCCCCUGAGGCAGGAAGAUGGGAUCAGGGGUCAUGAUGAAGGGAGCAGCUUGGAAGAGCCCCUUACUCAGAACCACGAGAUGGUGGAGAACAGAAAAAUGCAGGAGCUGUCAGGCGAGGGAGGAAUCCGGCUUCCGAAUGGUAAACUGAAAUGUGACGUCUGUGGCAUGGUUUGCAUUGGGCCCAAUGUGCUUAUGGUACAUAAAAGGAGUCACACUGGUGAGCGUCCCUUUCACUGUAACCAAUGUGGAGCUUCCUUCACACAAAAGGGGAAUCUACUAAGGCACAUCAAAUUACACUCUGGGGAGAAACCGUUCAAAUGUCCCUUCUGUAGCUAUGCUUGCCGGAGGAGGGAUGCCCUCACAGGACACCUCAGGACACACUCUGUGGGUAAACCUCACAAGUGUAACUACUGUGGACGGAGUUACAAGCAACGCAGUUCUUUGGAGGAGCAUAAGGAACGUUGUCACAACUACCUUCAGAAUGUCAGUAUAGAGGCAGCUGGGCAAGUCAUGAGUCACCAUGUACCUACUAUGGAAGAUGGUAAGGAACAAGAUCCUGGGAUGGACAACAAUGUUACUCUGGUGCCUUUUGAAAGACCUGCUGUUAUAGAGAAGCUGACGAGCAACAUGGGAAAGCGUAAAAGCUCCACCCCACAGAAGUUUGUGGGUGAGAAGCUUAUAAGAUAUGGUUAUCCCGAUAUUCAUUUUGACACGAACUUACCAUAUGAGAGAGAUGCCGAGCUGAUGCAGACUCACAUGAUGGACCAAGCGAUCAACAAUGCAAUCUCUUACCUCGGAGCAGAGGCACUUCACCCAUUGAUGCAGCACACGCCAACUACAAUUGCUGAUGUGGCACCCGUCAUAAGUUCAGCUUAUGCUCAGGUCUACAACCCUAACAGGAUAGAAAGGCCAAUGAGCAGAGAAACUACUGACAGCAAUGAAAACAACAUGGACGGCCCUAUCUCCCUCAUCAGACCAAAGAGUCAACCCCAGGAAAGAGAGGCUUCUCCCAGCAAUAGUUGUCUGGAUUCCUCUGACUCUGAAAGCAGCCACGAAGACCACCAGUCCUACCAAGGAAACCCUGCCUUAAAUUCCAAAAGGAAGCAAAGCCCAGCUUACAUGAAGGAGGACUCCAAGGCUUUGGAUGUCACUAAAGCAUCUAAGGGCUCUUUAAAGGAUAUCUACAAGGUUUUCAAUGGAGAAGGAGAGCAGAUAAGGGCCUUUAAGUGUGAGCACUGUCGAGUUCUUUUCCUAGAUCAUGUCAUGUACACCAUCCACAUGGGGUGUCAUGGCUACCGGGACCCAUUAGAAUGCAACAUUUGUGGCUACCGGAGCCAGGACCGCUAUGAGUUCUCCUCACACAUUGUUCGAGGAGAGCACACGUUCCACUAGGCCUUCUCUUCCAAAGGGGACUCUGAAGUGGGGGGAAUGGGGAUUCACAAAUACUGCACAUGAAGAAAUACUGCACUUACAAUUCCACUUUUCCUCAGACGUUGACACACCUUUUGUCAUUGUUGUUGCCGUCAUUUUUGUUGCUCUUUUUAAUUAAUUUUAUUUUUGUUGUUAACCUUAUUUUGUGGACCCAGUCUCACUUGGCACCAGUGGUGAGGUGGGAGGAAGGAAGGAAAGGAAGGGACCAGAAUAGUUCUGUUGUUGCUUUUGCUCUGAAAACUGGUGUUAACUGUUUCAUUGGGAAUUGAAAGGCAGUCCAUUUCUGUCACAGUUUUUUCCUCUGUACAUUUUGUAAUACACUAGGUACUGCUGAACUCCACUAGGUGCUCUAACAUCUUAGCAAAUUGUCAGCUUUUGUUAGAUUAACUAUUUCAGGUAAAUACAUUUCAGAGGAAAGCCCUUUCAAAUAUGUAGAUAAAUUUUAGGGUUCAGGAUUGGGAGUGGAGUGGAAUAUUAUUUUGCAAAAUUGUCCAGCAUGGGGGUGGGGAGGUUUAGUAUUAAGCUAAAUCCUAUUCUAUAGAUUUAGGAGCAUGAGCAAAUAUUCACUCAUACGUUACUUCCUGCAGUGAACUAUUUUCCAGGGGUUAUGUGUUGAUUUUCUUGAAUAGAAAUGAAAUGUUUAGGUGUAAUACUGAAACAUAAAAUAGAUGCUUGAUUUUACAUAUAUGACAAGACAUCCUGCAGGACACUUGAAGUCCUAUAAUCUUACUUUACUUAUCCUAACAUGCACUUUUUAAAACAAAGGACAAGAGAAUCACUGGUAUGCUCUUAUAUCAUAAAUUUCCCAGCUUCAUACAGGCACUUAGCCUUAAUUAGUUGGCCCCUAUGUACAAAGAAAUACAUUUUCAAAUCUAGCUGAGUUCUGUACAUAUUUACUCAGAUGUAAGCUCCACUGAGUUCAGCAGGAGUUUGCUUCCUAGUAAGUGUGCUUAGGGAUGCAGUUUUAGAAGCACAAAUAUCAAAUUUUAUGUACAGAUUCUGCUGUUUUAGAAUCUUGGACAUACUAAUCAGAAAUGCAUUUUAGUAUUGAAAUACUUCUCUUUUUCAUUUUAUUUUCUGCAAUAUUGACUGCUCAUCAGCCAUCUAAAAUGAGCCUUACAGUUAGGAGAGUGAGUGCUAGAGGUUAGUCUUAUGCUCCUACACUCUUAAGGCUUGCUUAUUCUGAAUACAGUAGCAGUUGCUGCUUAUCUGACCUCCUGUCACUGCUGUCUCUAUGGCAUACCGGGAAGGGGAGGGAUGAGGUGGUAGCAAGGUCAUUGUGGUGCAAACACACCACCAAGAGCAUCGGAUUGGCUCUGUCGGCAUGUUUGCACCACGGCAACCUCACCACUGCCUUGCUCCUCCCAGUAUGUUGCAGCAACUGCAGUAACAGGAAAUCAGGUGAGCAGCCCCACCAACCGUUACUGUGGUUGAUGAUUCAAGGUUGUUGUCCUGAAUCAGCAGUACUAGUGCAAGAAUUUCCAGAGUAUGUUAGAAGCUUCACACACGAUAUUUUCUCAUUUGGGAGGGGGGGCAUGUACAUGUUGUGCGAAAAUUUCACAACUACCUGUUUUACCACAAGUACCCAUUUGAAACCCAUGGCAUGAAGCCGCUUCCAGAUACCUGUUCACAUUGCAAAAAGAGCCUUGUUUCAUUCAUGACACCGUAUGUGGGGAUAAAUGAUUUUCCAACAUCACAUAGGAAAAUGAUUGUGUGUGAAGCAGCCUUUUGUCUCUCUUCUCUUCUUUCUCCCUCUCUUUUCUCUCACACACAUCAUGUUUCCAAUUAUGGGUCAUUCUCAUUUUACUUUAUAGUUGGAGUUCACAGUGAAUUCUGCUUAUAUUUGCAUACCAGAGAUAAUGACCUCAUAUUGUUUACAUGAUAAUUUAUCCUAAGAUAAAACAGGACUAAGUUAAGAACCCUAUCUUUCUUGAUGGGCAACUCACUUCAGCUUCUGGUUAAUCCCUUUAUCAUAUUAGCAAAUGAGAGAUUAAUGUGAAUAAAGAGGUGAUGGAUCCUGAGGUUGUGGUUGUGUAAACAAGCCCUCUGUUGACUAUAUACAUUUAGGUGAGCUAGAUUCUGAACUUUUAUUUUUAUUAGGGUUUUUUUCCUUAGCGAUAAUGGUUUGUUAUUUUAAAUCAGCAGCUACCUCACAUUUUUUCAACAUUCUUAGUUGGUUUCCCAACCUUUGGGUUGAGACGUUGCACAUCAUGCUGUAAAACAAAGAGAUGGUAAAAGCAGUUGAUAGUUUGCUCAAGAUUUAAGAAACAAUCUUUGAACCUUGUCUAUUUUGUUUUAACAUAUAUUUGUCAUCCCGCUCAGAAUAGAUUCAGCUCUAAAACGUAUCUGGAGAAUGGAAGAAUAUUUUUAUCCUCUCUCAAUGCAAGAUGAGAAGGAUAGGCAACUAUCCUGUAAGUUUGCCUUAUAGGUCCACAAUAGCAUUGGCUCAAACCCAAACUGCUCCUUAUGGUGAUUACAAGAUAGUGAUUACAAGUGGAAGUAGGUUCAAGUCUUAGAAACAUGUUUUUAGACAUGCGUUAGAGUCUUCUGACUAGAAUCAAAAGAGGUGACUGAGUUAGUCUAUGUACUCAUCGUGUAAAUCACUGCAGCUGGAGGACUUGGCUAUGCUAUCUAGUUGAUCAUGUUGCUUUGCUUACCUUUCCAUGUCUUUAGCAGUAGUAGAAAGGAACUGAGGGACACUGAAUUAAAAUUUCCUUCAGGAAACAUGUCUGGCUAGUACAAUCUAUGUUUCAAUGAGAAAGUACAUUGAAGCCAGAUUAUUCUGCAAUUACUGUGGAGAAGCUACUAAAAGUUUAAUUAAUACACUUGUCUAAAAUACAAGUAGAAAUAUUGAUAUAAUGUAAGAAUUUCCUGGCAGGAAACCUUGGGGCAAAAUUAUUAGUUCUGCUCACAUUUGUAUAGAUGACCUCUUAUUGUUUACUUGAUCACUUAUUUCAGGAUGAAAACGAACUAUGUCAAGAGCCCUGAAUUAUCUAAUGGGUCUUUAAUUGACUGACAGCUCAUGUCGACUUCUGAUUGCUCUUUUAAUCAUGCUUUAAAUGAGAGAUUAAAGUUAAUUAAGAGGUUACUGUUUUGAGAUUGUGGUUGUGUAAACAUAUUCUCUGUGUUUAAUGUAUAUUUCAACUGUUUUUCUGAGCUACCUUUACAACAGAUCCACAUACACCCAAACUGCUGUGUCACUAUUCCUUCUGUUUCACUUUUGAAUAGCUCUUUUGCCUCAAUGACAACCUGCUUUUUUACCUUGGCUGGCAGAGUUCUAAAAAAGUAGCUCAGAAAAAGCAGCAACAAUGGUACACAUAUGGAACAUAUGCAUGUGCCUCUUUGGAUUCCAGCUCCCUUUCUUUUUCAACUGAAUGGUUUUAUCCUUUUGUCACUGUAGUUUACAAUUAUGGUACAGCAAUUAUAGUCUCUUUCGUCUUGCUCUCCAUCAUGCUGGUCUCUUUCUGAAUGGCUAAUCUCCCCCUCCCCUAACUGAUAUUACUGAAAAGCUUCCAUGGCUGAAGGGAGCUAUCAAAAAGCUGUUCACAAACAUGACUAUUUAAAGUAAACACGUGUCUACAAUGAAUCAGCCACACUGUCCCAUUGCAUGGUAUUGUAUAUACCUGUACAGCUCCUGGAGGAACUCUUGAGAGCAAAAAGCUUGUAUAGCCCAAUCACAAAACAAGCCUUUGAGAGGCCUGGCUCCAACAUGAAAACACCAGUGCUUUUUGUUUCCAAUGCAAAAGUACAUAUCCAAGUCAGUAUCCUCGGAGGGUUGUAGAAAGGCAGAAUCUGGGAUCCUGUGUUUGGACAUACAGUACAUUCACAGGAAUUCAUCUAUCAAGCUGGAUUAUAUGAGGCAGGUGGAAAAGUGGCAUUCCUGCUGAUUGCCAACAUAAGAGAGGAAUGAAAAUUAUGCUUGGAAAGAUAACUUCUGUGCAGAGGUAUUGCUUUAUGUACUAACUAGUUUUUAAUAAGCAAAAUUAUUUGCUGAAGAAAAAGCAGUAUUUCUGAUAUUGGUCUCCCUGGCUUAGUAAUAUGAGAAAACUUUUAUUUCAUGUAAGAUCUGUCAGAAAAAGCAAUACUAUGUUCUGGAGAGAGCUGGGUGCAAGAAUCCUACCUCUGCACUAAACAUGUCCUUACAACCGCCCAGUCCGUUCUUUUUGGCUCUAUGCCAAUACCAGCAUAAUUUCCCCUCUUUGAAUGUGGAAAGGGUUAGAUUGAACAUAUAAAUCCCAGCCAUAUAAAAUGCAGGUACCUUCACACCUCCUCCACAUAAACAAGUCAGUAUAUUGUCCGUCUGCACAGUGGUAGGUAACCACAAGUCUGGUGGGGCAGGGGAAGGGAUCUCCACAAAUAUCUUAAUUCUCCUGGAAUUCAUUAUCAAACCUACAAAUUAUGUGGGAGGCAUUUUGUAAGUACCAUAUAAAUUACGGUAGAUGUUUGGCUGAGCUUCAUAAAAUGCCUAGAUGAUUAAUAUCUGAUAAUGUAUGCUCGAUUUCUGAAACUUUAUGUAUGCAUUUUCUACAUCUC